AUGAUUAAAGUGCUAAGUAAUAAGGAGAGAAGGAAAGUGAAAAAAUUGAAGAAGAAUAUCAGUGAGGUGUUGUUGCUUUCUGGUGAUGAUCCUACAGCGGUGGAUCUAACUUCAGUUACGUCUUUUGAGCAUUCAUUUGAUGAUAAAGACAUAACUUUCAAGCUCGAUAAAAAACUGCGGACUAUGCGGCAUCUGAAAGAUCCUCCAAAAAUCAGUCUAAGUUUAGACAAGUUGAACGGUGUGAGGCUUGGAAGUCAUAAUAUCGCCGAAUUGGUGCAUUACGUGUCAUUCCACAAUGUUGACAAACCUCUUUGGAUAUCAUUAAGACCCAGUCGAGCAAUAUUGCAAGCAGUUAUUUUUCGGAUCGAGUGUAAUCUCGAAAUGGUAGAAAGUAAUAAGAAGGAUACAUAUAUCGGUCGCCUGUUUGGCUCAAAAUCUUUCAUCAGAAUGCAGACAGAAGCAUGGAAGAGUAUGGAGUUUUGGACAAACAUGCUUAAUGUCCAGCUUUCAAAGUUCGAACGUUUAAAGAGAAUUGUCGGUCAUACUAAUAUUCUAGAAGAGCAUAUUAAAUCUGAUGUAAAAAGUGCACUACUAGUUACUUUGCGACAAAUGGUAGAUUUUUGUUACCCUUUUCCCAAAACGAAUCGCAUCAUGGAUUUAACGCCUAUUAUACCAAUAAAAGAAAAGUAUGGUGUAGUAAAAGCUGAUUCACCAUUCUUUGCAGUUGAUUGUGAAAUGUGUACAACAGAAACUGGGGAAAGUGAACUGACCAGGAUAUCAAUUGUCGACGAGUGUUAUGAAGUUUUGUUGGAUACGCUUGUGAAACCAAGGAACAGAAUAGUUGAUUAUGUUACUAAGUACAGUGGCAUUACUGAGAAAAUGCUUGAAAAUGUGAAUGUGCGGGUUGAAGAUGUACAAAGAGCUUUAUCACAUAUCUUGCCGAAUGAUGCAAUUUUGGUUGGACAUACUCUUGAAUGCGAUUUCAAUGCGAUGCGUAUCACACAUCCAUAUUGUGUCGAUAUAUCUCUUUGUUUAAAUUUAUCUGGUAAAGAUCGACAACGAUCAUCCCUAAAGACAUUGGCGAGAAUAUUUCUGGAUGAAGAAAUUCAAGGAGAAAAUGGGCACUGUUCUGUCGAUGAUGCUGUUAUUACUAUGCGACUACUGAAAUACAAGCUUUCUCAUGGCAUUCGUUUCGGGAAUGUUUCUUUGGGAUGGAGUUUUGAUGAUUGGGCUCGUGAAAAUGGCUUAACCACUUCUGGAGCGCGCAUUGAUAAAAACAAAUAUUCAUGUUCGGAAGCUCAAAUUAAUCAAGAACCACAACGAAAGAAACGGUGUUUGGAUAUUAAAAGUGUGCCACAGACUUGUGAAAGAUGUGGUAGGCCAUUAUCUGUUGCUUGCAUUGUGCCUUAUUGCGCAUGCAAAAAAAAUGUCGUUAAGUACUGUGUAAUAUGUUGUUUAAAUUCUGUAUUGCCUCAAACAUCAAGCGAAGAACCAACCUUAAUUUGGAGUGAUGCAUUUCAAACUUGCACUGGUGGAUUUGAACCUAUUUUGCAUUUUUUACGACUCGAUAAGGGUAAAAGCGCUUUUUAUGCUCUUCCUGAUGGCAUCAAAGACAACUCAAACAAUGAACACGAAAUAUACUUGAACACCAAUGAUUACGAUUCACUGGAAGAGUUGGUGAAGCGUGUUAAUGAAGAAAUGAUUUCGCAUAACGUUGUGAUGGUGGAUAUUAAUACAAGAAGACUGAAAAUGAAAGUGGAUGAGAAGCCUAUCGUAACUGUUGAUAAUGCUCUUCGAAGAAUGAUCUCAUAUGCUUCUUGGAAUUCUUUAAUUAUCGUUGUUUUUUCAUCUCCGCAAGAAUCACUGUGUUACAUAACUGUCAAAACGCAAAAUCAUCAAACUCUUUUGGCAGGUGCUGAAUGA